CCUCGAACCGUUCCCGCCGCUUGUUGGGGGAGAAAAUUCUGCGGGCGGAAGUAGUGUUGAUACGUUUCUCCCCGGGGCCGCGAGUAGCGGUGGCGGCGGUCCGCCGCGGCGCCCGGGCGGAAAUGGCGAGGACAAAGAUCAUAUCCACUGUAAAUGUGAUGUCUGGGUCUGGAACAUUGGAACUUGUCAUGCAAAAUUUGGACCGCACAGAAAUCUGUGUUGCAUGAGCGGCUGCAAUGAGUGUUUCCCUAAUUGUGGUUGACGAGCGAAAACGAAAAGCGAAUCUGUCAUGCGGAAUACGCAUUCAGAAUCUCUUGCACAGUCCUCUGAUGUGAAGAUGCUUCUGGGUGCAUUCCCGAGGCGGGCUAUCUUCGUGUUCGACAUCUAGGAGAUGCUGAUGCAUGACACACCUUGUACUCUACUUCCAGACCCACACCACAUUUUUGCACGUGCAUAUGUGAACAUCCGGGUGACGGACCCAACAACAACUCCGGGGCGGGGACAGCACAGGCGCAGCUGCAAACCGUAGCGGAAGAAGAUGAGACUGAAGAGGACGAGGGGGGGCAGGCUAGCGAC